AUGGACAGAUUCGACGUCAUCAACUUUGCUGACCUCUCCGGUCCCAACGGUGGAGAAUGGAUCAGGAUCGGCGGAGGCAGCUUCGGUGUCGUCUUCAAGGGUGAAUACCUCGGCACAGAAGUAGCCAUCAAAGAGGUCCUGCCAAACAACACUUACGACGUCGAAAAGUACUUUGAGCGCGAAUGCGUUCUCAUGAAGGAAGCACGUCAUCCCAACAUUGUCCAAUACAUCGGCCUCACAAAAAGCCCCGGUCCGGACGGCAGGAUCUACAUCAUCUCCGAAUUCGUAGGCAGCAACGUCCGAUCCUACAUUGCAGAUCAGAACAAACCCUUCCCAUGGCGUCUGCGUAUGAGCUUCGCCAUGGACAUUGCACGCGCUCUCGCCUACUUGCACGCACGCAACUGCAUGCAUCGCGAUCUCAAAGGAGAGAACCUCCUCAUCACCGCCAACGAGCGUAUCAAGGUGUGCGACUUUGGCUUCGCCCGUAUCGCGGCACGUAACGAAGAAGAGAUGCGUCGAAUCAGCUACUGCGGUACCGACGGUUACAUGUCGCCGGAGAUCCUUCUCGGUAUCGACUUCAGCUUGCCCUCGGACGUCUUUUCACUCGGUGUCAUCUUUGCCGAGAUCGCCUCCCGCCAUCUCGUUGACUCGUACACAUUCAAGCGUGUCAUGCCCACUUUCGGCUUGGACGCCGAUGAGGUGCGAGAGAUGGCAUCCGAGGGCUGCCCCCAAUCUUUCAUCCAGCUGGCCCUCGACUGUGUCGAGGAAGAUCCUAGAGACCGCCCCGAAAUGCGCCAAGUCGUGUCGAGGCUGCGCGAUAUCGAGCGCGAGGUGCUCCUCCGCGAAGAAGCAGAAAAUCGCUACGCCAUCGGAAGUGUCCGAGGUGCCACCAUCCAGUCCAUCAUGGGCACCAAGAUCAAGCGCGCUGCCCCGCCAAGACUGCCCAGCUUCAACGGUGCUCUCAAGCUCAACGGCACACACUCAAAGGCCAAUUCGGACGACAGCAGCGACGAGAUCGAGGAGGCGCUCGCAGCGCUCGAAAAAAUCGGUAUCGAGCCCGACGACGCCAGGUCGCCCGGGACCAUCAAGGGCUCGAGCACGCUCAAGGUCGCAGGUCACGGCAACCCGUGGUGGAGCGAAGAAGCCACCGAGGCUCUGCCCAGCAUCAACCGCAGCUGGCUCGCCUCUCCCGGUGCUGCCGCCGAGAGGAUCCGUCAGGAGUCCGAAGCCGGCUUGCUCGAGGGUGCAGACUACGCCGAGAGCGACUACAGCACUUCGGUUGUGCGUUCUUCCAAGAUGACCCAGCGACACACACCGCUGGCCAUGCUCGACGAGCGUGCUUCCACACUCUCUGCCAGGACACUACGCCAAGGCGACUCUCCGCUGCUCAUUCCAGCACGACGAGGAUCGGCCGACGUAUCCGCCAUCCGAAGAGGCUCCAACGACACAGCAGCGAUGCAAUCUUACUUGACAGCCCGCACCCACAAACCUGAUCCCUCCAUGGCGCUCGCCACCAUCGCCUCGGUCAGCUCGGGUCACGUCGAACCCAUUCCUAUCUGCCAUCGCUUCACUCUCGUCAAGAACGGAACUCGUCGUCCCAACAACGUCGUUGCCGCAGCGCAGCAAGCCAUGGCCAGCGGUAGUGCGCACCAACACUCUCACCCUCCUGCUAGCAGCUAUCCUUCGCUCGUACCUCCUGCUGUUAUGCUCAGCAAUGCGCUCGCAAAGUGCUGGAUAUGCGGUAAACGUAUCGGCUGGAAACCGUUCAUGGACUGCGACGACUGUCCGUGGAAGACGCACGUUGCGUGUGCCGAGUUGGCACCACCGACGUGUCAGGAUCUGGCGAUUCCCAUGAGCGGUGCGGUGGGUGGUGGCAGCGUUCAGCCGAUCCUGUCGCCGUUCAACGCGCUGAGACGUGGUUCGGCCGCUACGGAUAUCGUCACCUCGCGUCGAAGCUCCAAGGCCACCGACGUUGUCUCGUCUCGUCGUAGCUCAAAGGCAACCGAUGUGGGUGAUCAGAGGGAGAUCUCGGCAGCUGCAGCUGCGCUCAGGAGAGCUUCGUUGGCAGACUCGAUCGACGAACCGGGCUCACCGCAGCUGGGCAAGGUGAAAUCCAAGAAGAAGCUCUUUGGCGGUUCCUCGGCCGUCCGCUGUCAGUGA